AUGGCUUUGGGCAAGGAAUGGUUGGCAUUGUGCGCCGUGCUGGCAGUGGUGGCUGGCAGGGCGUUGGCAGCGCCCGCCCAGCUGUGCGCCGGCGCGGCCGAGGACGACCCCCGCGCCGCUCGAUUCUGCCAGGCCCUGAACACCUUCCUCGAGCUAUACGCAGAGGCGGCUGGCGAGCAAGUGCCGGAAUACCAAGCUCUAGUGCGCGACUACCCUCAACUGCUGGACAGCGGGAUGAAGCGGCAGGACGUGGUGCACUCAUUUCUCCGCUUCGGCCGCCGGCGC